CGCAGAGCGGAGACGACGAAGCGGGGUCAGAGCAGAAGCAGCGCGAGCCAGAGAGCCGCACGGAGAGUGUCGCGAGCUGGGUGGCAGAGCACGUCCACGUCUAUGUACCUGUGUGGGGGGAAAAGAAAAACCGUAGCAGUUUACAUAGAACGGAUUCAAGGUCCAUCAUCCAGGCGCGGUAGAGGACCGUGCGGUUUUAGGAGGAGGACCGGGACGUCACGGGAGCCACGCGGGUAGAGCACGCAUCGCGCCCGUCCUGCCCAAUCUCGCCCGCCCCGCAGAACCGCCCGGCUCACACCGCGGGGGAAGAUUCCACCACGCGACUGUUCGGAUCAGGCCGCCCGGCAGACGCGGAGGACGCGCGCGGGGGUGGAACUCGAGGCGCGCCAGGACGAGACGGAACCUCCUCUGGGACUCGCGGAACCAUGGCGAGCAAGCGACGGAGCGCGGCGAGCGGGGCCCUGCUGGCGCUGCUCCUGGGUCACAUGACCGCCGCGUUGGAAGUGCCCCUUGACCCCAAAGUUCUGGAAGGACUGCCGCAGCCGCCCACCAUCACCCACCAGUCCCCGAAGGACUACAUCUUCGACCCACGGGAGAACAUCGUCAUCCACUGCGAGGCCAAGGGGAAGCCCCAUCCCAGCUUCUCGUGGACGCGGAACGGGACGCACUUCGACAUCGAGAAGGACUCCAAGGUGAUCAUGAAGCCCAGCUCGGGCACCCUGGUCAUCGACAUCGGCAGGGAGGAGGCGGAGGCGUACGAGGGCGUGUACCAGUGCACCGCCCGCAACGAGCACGGGACCGCCAUCUCCAACAACAUCGUCAUCCGCCAGUCCAGGUCCCCCUUUUGGUUGAAGGAGAGGUACGUGCCGCUCCUGGUGCAGCAGGGCGCUCCCCUGGUCCUGCAGUGCAGCCCGCCCGUCGGCGUGCCCCCGCCCAUCGUGUUCUGGAUGGACAACAACUUCCAGAGGAUUCCGCAGAGCGCGCGCGUGUCCCAGGCGCUGAACGGGGACAUGCACUUCGCCAACGUGCUGAUCGCCGACACGCGCGCCGACUACAUCUGCUACGCCCGCUUCCCCCACACGCAGACCAUCCAGCAGAAGCAGCCCCUCUCCGUCAGGGUGUUCGACAUGGAUGCGAUCAAUGAGACAAUGGCAGCUUUGUUGAAUGACACUGAUUUUUUUGGUGAGGGUCCCGUGGAAGACAGGAAGCCCUCCUUCCAGGUCCCGACCGGACCCAGCAGCACCAAGACGGUCCUGAGGGGCCAGGUCCUGGAGCUGGAGUGCAUCGCUGAGGGCCUGCCGACUCCGGAAGUCACCUGGCACAAAGAGAGCGGGGACCUGCCGGCCGGCCGCACCUCCUUCGCCAGCUUCCGGAAGGUCCUGCGCAUCGCGGGCGCCACCGAGGCCGACGCCGGGGACUACCGCUGCACCGCGCGCAACCGCCUGGGCUCCGUCCACCACACCAUCACCGUCACCGUCAAAGCCGCCCCCUAUUGGAUAAGCGCCCCGAGGAACCUCAUCCUGGCCCCCAAAGAAAACGGGGUCCUCAUCUGCCGAGCGAGCGGCAACCCCAAACCGACGAUCGCCUGGUACAUGAACGGCAUCCCCAUAGAGAACGCGCCCAAGGACCCGAGCAGGAAGGUGGAGGACGACACCAUCAUCUUCUCGGACAUCCAGACGGGGUCGAGCGCGGUCUACCAGUGCAGGGCCUCCAACGAGCACGGCUACCUGCUGGCCAACGCCUUCGUCAACGUGCUCGCCGAGCCGCCAAGGGUCCUGACUCCGCCCAACAGAGUGUACCAGGUGAUCAGGAACAACCCCGCCCUGCUGGACUGCGCCUCCUUCGGGUCCCCCACGCCUAACAUCACGUGGUUCAAGGACAGCCAGACCAGCGUUCUGGACGGCGACCCUUACGUCCUCCACAAGAACGGGACCCUGGAGAUCCACGUGGCCCAGACGCUCAACAGCGGCAAGUACACCUGCGUGGCCAUGAACUCCCUGGGCAACAAGGAGAACCACGUCUUCCUGGAGGUCAAAGAACCCACCAGGAUUCUCAAGCAGCCGGAGUACAAGGUGGUCCAGAGGAAUGACCACGCCCACUUUGAGUGCAAGGUGAAGCACGACCCCACGCUGACCCCGAACAUGAUCUGGCUGAAGGACAAUGGGGAACUGCCCGAUGAUGAGAGGUUUGUGCUGGACUCGGACAGCCUGACCAUCAACGACGUGACGGAGAACGACGCCGGCACCUACACCUGCAUCAUGAACACCACCCUGGACCAGGACUCUGCCAGCGCCAUGCUCACGGUCAUCGAGCCCACCCCGACUCCGGCUAUCGUCUACGGACAACCGGACCCCCCCACGGACCUGGACCUGACCGACGAGGGGGAACGGAGUGUCCAGCUCACCUGGAUACCCGGAGAUGAGCACAACAGCCCAAUUCAGAAGUUUUUCAUCCAGUACGAGGACGGCCUUCGACAGCCGGGCGUCUGGCGCAACCUGACCGAGGUGCCGGGGACCAAGACCACGGCGCACCUGAAGCUGUCCCCCUACGUGCACUACGCCUUCCGCGUGCUGGCCGCCAACCGGGUGGGCCACAGCCCGCCCAGCUACCCCUCGCGCCAGUACAAGACCCACCCGGCAGCGCCCGAUGAGAACCCCACCGCGGUCCAGGUAGCCGGGACAGCGUACAACAAUUUGGUGAUAUCCUGGAAGCCGCUGACGGGACUGCAGUCCAACGGCCCGGGGCUCCGGUACAUGGUCAACUGGAGGCAGAAGGACGUGGAGCGGGACUGGUUGUCGGUCAUGGUGGCCAACGUGUCCAAGUUCGUGGUCUCGGGGACGCCCACCUUCGUCCCGUACGAGGUGAAGGUGCAGGCGCUCAACGACUACGGGAGCGGCCCGGAGCCGCAGGUGCACAUCGGCCACUCCGGAGAGGACCUCCCCAUGGCGGCUCCGGGCAGCGUGCAGGUCCUGGUGCAGAGCAGCUCCCUGGCGGAGGUGCACUGGGAGCCCGUCCCGCCCCGCGCAGUUCGGGGGCGCCUGAAGGGAUAUAAGGUGUACUACUGGAGGGAGAAGAGCCUUCACAAGCACCACCCGCACCACGAGGAGCAGCAGGUCCUGACCUUCGGCAGCAACAGGACCCACGGCAAGCUGCCGGGCCUCCACCCCCACAGCCUCUACACCCUGAACGUCAGGGUGUUCAACGGCAUGGGCGAGGGCCCCCCCAGCCCCAGCCAGCGCUUCGAGACUCCGGAGGGAGUUCCUGGGCCGCCCGCUUUCCUGAAGAUCACGAACCCCAACCUGGACUCCCUGACCCUGGAGUGGGGUCCCCCCGCCGAACGCAACGGGCGCCUGACCGGCUACACCCUCAAAUACCAGCCGGUUAACGACACCAAUGAGCUGGGGCCUCUGGAGGAGCUGGCCCUGCCGGCCAAUGAGACGUCCUUCACGCUCCUCAACCUCAUAUACAGCACGCGCUACAAGUUUUAUUUCAACGCGAAAACUAUCAGGGGAUCGGGACCCGUUAUAACGGAAGAGGCCGUCACAAUUAUGGAUGAAGCCCUGCUGAGGCGGCCCGCGGUAAACGCAGGCACAGGGUACACCGCGCCCCCUCAUCCAAACUCCCCCAUUACGCAGUCUCUGCGCCCCACAUUCUACAAGGCGCGCCCCGUCGGUCCUGCUUUUGGGAACGUUAGCUCGACCGUGAGGGAGAACGAGGCACUUAUCAGUUGGGAGUACUGGGGACCAGAUAAGAAUGUUUACAUUGAAUAUAUUGUAGAGAACAGCAAAGAAGAAUGGAAAAAAGAGUUCGUUAACGGCUCUCAGACCUAUCAGAUUAAAGGCUUGAAGCCUGGCGCGUCCUAUAAGGUGCGAGUGGUCGCCAAAGACCAGUCCGACGAAACCGUGCACAGUACGGAAGAGUUGUUGAUAACGGUCCCAGCCACGGCGAGCCGGCAGGUGGACAUCGCCACGCAGGGCUGGUUCAUCGGCCUGAUGUGCGCCAUCGCCCUGCUCAUCCUGGUGCUGCUCAUCGUCUGCUUCAUCAAGAGGAACAAGGGGGGCAAGUACCCGGUGAAAGAGAAGGAGGACGCUCACGCCGAUCCCGAGAUCCAACCAAUGAAAGACGACGAAGGGACGUUCGGAGAGUACAGUGACGCUGAAGACCAUAAGCCCUUAAAAGGCAGCCGCAGCCCGUCCAACGGGACGAUAAAGAGAGACGGCAGUGAGGACAGUUUAGUUGACUACGGCGAGGGCGGCGACGGACAGUUCAACGAGGACGGAUCUUUUAUCGGACAGUAUAGCGGGAAGAAGGAGAAGGAAGCCGCCGAGGGCAACGAGAGCUCGGAGGCGCCCUCCCCCGUCAACGCCAUGAACUCCUUCGUGUAGCUUUCGUACCGCACGCCGCCCCGUCGCACUGUGAGCUCCCCACACACACGCACACACACACCUC